AUGUCACUGAAAAAUAAUAUUGUAAUAAUAAUAUUUGUAUUUUUAAUAUAUAAUAUAUCAAUUGGAGUUGAUGGAGCGUACUAUCCACCAUACUCUGGACCACCUUAUAAGUACUACUCUGGAGGUGAAGCAUCCGGUACCUAUUACAACGACCCCCAUCAUGGCAAUUGUGGCUAUGGCAAUCUGAUGGGCAGACUCGGACCCAAGACCCUAAACAUCGCGGCACUCAACUCAUACCUAUUCAAUGAUUCCAGUCAAUGUGGAAUAUGCUACAAUGUAACUGUGAAUCAAAAGUGGCUAGUUGUUACCGUCACCGAUCGUUGUCCCGACCCUGGUUGGUGUGAUGCUCGUCAUACCCACUUUGACCUGUACACCGAGGCCUUCAAUUUCCUCCAAGAUCCCAACGUACAAGGUACCAUCAGCAACAUGACUUUCCACAAGAUACCAUGCAACCGUCCAGGCAACCUCCAGGUCUACUUCAAAGAUGGCUGGACAUACUACUACAACUCUCUGAUGGUCUUCAAUCAUAAUAUUGGAAUAGCAACAGUAGAUGUGCAACGUGAGAACAAGACUAUUUUCGAACCAUUGACAAGGAGAAGUUAUAACUUCUGGGAGCCUUAUAAUCCUUGGGGACCAUUGGGCAACAAGUUCAAACUGAGGAUCACUUCGGUGUUGGGCGAGACCAUAGAGACAACCAUCAACAAUCCAGUUAGUGAUUCAGUCGUCGACACUGGUUACCAAUUCACCAAGAUGCCAACCUCUGACAACCCCGAGUUCUAUCCAAUUGGUUCAUCUGCCAGCUUCAUUCAAGCUUCACUAAGUCUAAGCAUAGUGCUAAUGCUAUCAUUGACCUACAUCUUAUUG